GGAGAAUACCAUAUUGCUUCUUACUCUGGCAAUUUCUUUCUCUGUACAGGCUGGAAGAAAACUACAUUGUCUGUGAAGGAGUUUGUUUACCAAGAUGCAUCCUUUAUGCACAUUAUUUAGACUUCUGCAGAAAAGAGAAGCUGGAACCUGCCUGUGCUGCAACUUUUGGGAAGACCAUUCGCCAGAAAUUCCCUCUCCUUACCACAAGGCGGCUUGGAACAAGGGGUCACUCAAAGUAUCACUAUUAUGGAAUUGGCAUUAAAGAAAGCAGUGCAUACUACCAUUCUGUGUAUUCUGGAAAAGGCUUAACCAGGUUCUCUGGAAGCAAGUUAAAGAAUGAGGGUGGUUUCACUCGUAAAUACUCUCUGAGUUCUAAAACUGGAACUCUCCUCCCAGAGUUUCCAAGUGCUCAACACCUUUUGCUUCAAGCGUGCAUUUCUAAAGACAAGGUAGAUACUCUUAUCAUGAUGUACAAAACACACUGUCAAUGUGUCCUUGACAAUGCAAUUAAUGGGAACUUUGAAGAGAUUCAGCAUUUCUUAUUACAUUUUUGGCAAGGAAUGCCUGACCAUCUUCUUCCCCUGCUUGAAAAUCCCAUCAUCGUUGACAUCUUCUGUGUUUGUGACUCCAUACUGUAUAAGGUCCUUACAGAUGUACUCAUCCCUGCAACAAUGCAAGAAAUGCCAGAAAGUUUACUGGCAGAUAUAAGAAAUUUUGCAAAAAACUGGGAGCAGUGGGUUGUUUCCUCUUUGGAAAAUCUACCAGAAAUCCUGACAGAUAAGAAACUGCCUAUUGCACGCAGAUUUGUUUCCUCCCUGAAACGACAAACAUCAUUCCUACACCUAGCACAGAUUGCUCGACCAGCCCUUUUUGAUCAGCAUGUGGUGAAUUCCAUGGUGUCAGAUAUUGAAAAAGUUGAUUUGAAUAGUAUUGGCUCUCAGGCACUUCUUGCAGUCUCAGGGAGCACAGAGCCUGAUGGGGAGGUCUACAGUGAAUAUGACUCUGUUACCGUGUUCCAAGAACUGAAGGACCUUCUGAAGAAGAAUGCCACUGUGGAAUCAUUUAUUGAAUGGUUGGAUACUGUGGUUGAGCAGAGGGUUAUCAAGGCAAGCAAACAAAAUGGGAGGUCAUUAAAGAAGAGAGCUCAAGACUUCCUUCUCAAAUGGAGCUUUUUCGGUGCUCGAGUGAUGCAUAACCUAACUCUAAACAAUGCGUCAAGUUUUGGUUCUUUUCAUUUGAUCCGCAUGCUACUAGAUGAGUACAUCCUGCUUGCCAUGGAGACACAGUUCAACAAUGACAAAGAACAAGAACUCCAGAAUCUACUGGACAAAUACAUGAAGAAUUUAGACGCAAGCAAAGCCACCUUUACUGCGUCACCAAGCUCUUGCUUCCUAGCAAAUCGCAACAAAGCUGCUUCUCUACCCAGUGACACUUCAGUCAAAAAUGAGUGUCUAGCAGAGCAAACCUAUGUAUCCUUGUCAGCUAGCCAGACCAGCAGUGUACCUUCUACUCUGACCCCCUUUGACACAGGAGACAGUGAGAAUAUACAGCUGACUGGUCAGAUGGAGCUGUCUCAAAGCACUAGCCACCUAAUGACUCCACCCAUUUCACCAGCCAUGGUCAGCCGAGGAAGUGUAAUCAACCAGGGGCCAAUGGCUGUGAGACCUCCAAGUGUAGGUCCAGUGUUACCCACACAUUCACAGUGCUCUUCCUACUCAGAACCCUUUUAUCAGACUUUGUCACAAACUAAUCAGAAUUACUAUGGAAACAAUGCCAGUUACCAGGCCGUGUUCAGAACUCAGGCCCAUUCCACUUCAGGAGUUUACCACCACAGAGUGGAGCACAGCCGAUUCAGUGCCUCCAGUGAACAGCAGUUCUCCAGAGACUACUUCAGCAACAGUUGUGCUGUGUCUCCGUACGAUGCCAGAUCUCCUUCCAGCUAUGGUCCCUCAUCCAUGCCUCAGGACACACACAGUAUGCAAUUUCUGAAUACUGGGAGUUUCAAUUUCUUGAGCAACUCAGUGUCUACAUGCCCAGGAGCACCAUAUCCCACUAAUGCCUCCAACGGAUAUUAUGGAAACAAUAUAAAUUAUCCAGAAACUCACAGGCUUGGAACAAUGGUGGAUCAACAUGUCUCUGUAAUCAGCAGUGUAAGCAGCAUUCGAUCAUUGCCAUCAUAUAAUGAUAUACAUGAUCCACUAAAUAUCUUGGAUGACAGCGGAAGAAAACAGGCAGGCUCAUACUACACAGAGUCCUCACCUUCAAUUGUCUGUCGGACUCCUAUGCCUUCAAACUUGCAAACCACAUCUUCUUCCCAGUGUAUGUAUGGAACAUCUGAUCAGUUCCCUUCUCAGGAAAAUCUAGAGUCCCAUGGCCCACCAAGCAGAGAUAUGGUGUCAUCUUUACCACCAAUCAACACUGUCUUCAUGGGAGCAGCUGCUGGAGGAACCUGA